AUGAUCAAAAGCAAGCUGUCAAAGAAUGAGGCCAAUAUACCUGCAAUGAACGCCCAUCUCGCCGAAGCUCUGGAUCAACAUUGGGGCAACAACAAGACAUGGCGCUUGCUUGACUGGCAGAAAGACACCACCACUCUCAUCUCGCAAGCCGCAGCCGCCGUGUUUGUUGGCCCACAGCUCGUCAAAAACCCCGAGUGGCAAGAACUCACCGUCAACUAUGUCCUAGAUUACUUCACAGCCAUAGGUCAGAUUCGGCAAUGGCCUGCUGUUCUAUGGCCGGUAGCCCAUCAUUUCAAUUCCCUCUCCCAGUCCUGCCGCCGUUACAUGAAGCGUGCUCGAACUAUGAUGCGCGAUGAGCUGGACAGGAGAGAAGCCGAGAAAGCCACAUCAAAUUCCACUUACAACGAUGCUAUCAAGUGGCUCUCCGACGCUGCUGGCAAACAUGAUGUUGACCAUGGUGCUUUGCAGUUGGCUCUCGUUGUGGCGGCCCUCUUCACCACUUCAGAGGCACUCAGGCAGACUUUUCUGGAGAUCUGUAAACACCCCAACAUAAUCUCGCCCCUUCGUGAUGAGAUUGAAGACGCCAUAUCACAGCACGGAUGGUCGACAAGUGCUUUGUUCAAGAUGCGAUUGUUGGACAGUGUUAUGAAAGAAGCCCAGAGAACCCUUCCAGCCAUUGUUGAUCUCGAACGAAAAGCUUUGUCCGACACGACACUUCCCAAUGGAGUCACGAUACCGCGUGGAUCUCACCUCGCCGUCGACGCAUCUCUGAUGUGGAGUCCGGACGUCCACACAAACCCAAAGGCUUUCGAUGGUCAUCGUUAUUUGUCGCUUCGCGAGAAGACAGGUAGCCCGGUCUACGCUUUCACGGCUUCAAGCAAGGAGCAUGCCACUUUCGGCUUAGGCAGAUCUGUCUGUCCAGGACGCUUUCUUGCCGACACCGAGCUCAAACUCUGCCUGGCUCAGAUCCUGCUCAAGUAUGACUUCAGGUUACAAGAGGGCUACAAGUCCAGUUCGAUGUACAUGGGUUUCUAUCCAAUUGUCGAUCCUGUAGCGAAAGUGGAGGUGCGUCGCAGGGAAUAG